GUGGUACUAAGGUAAUAGUUUGGAUUUUAAGUAUUUUCGAAUUUUAAACAAAAUGUCUGAAACAAAUGUGAGAAGAAGGGGGAGAGAAAAAGAUGAUGACAGGAAUUUGAACAAGGAAAACUUAAAGGAACACUUGCAAGACAGUUCAUCUAAUAGUUCAUUCAUAACGACUGCUUUGCUUACUGUGGUUAUAUUCACACUGGUAUGCGUAAAUGGAUAUUAUAACUCCCCUAUCAAUGCUGUUGAAAUAGAGGGUUUGGUAAAAGUUAAUUUGGAAGGCGUGUUUGCUGUCAAUCAAAAGUUGAGUAAAGGAAAAAAAAUACUGUUACCUAGCCCUGAAUCUAUAGCAGAAGGUGGUGAUGGUAAACUAUACACUGGUUUGACUGAUGGUAGAGUUGUGUGCAUCCAUCCUUCAAAUGAUGGUGAGAUUGGAGCAGGGAAAGUGGAAAAUAUUACCACUGGUGUGAUAGAAGGAGCUGUCAAUACUUCAGAUGCAUGGGGACAUGGGAGACCACUUGGUAUUCGUCUACGAAACCAGUCCUUGUAUGUGAUGGAUGCAAUAUAUGGUUUCUAUGUGAUCGACCUUCCAACAAAAUCUCUCAAGAUAUUGAUUGAGCCUGAUGAUGUUACCCCACCCAUGAAGUUUCCUGAUGAUUUUGACAUCACCGCUGAUGGAACAACGGUUUAUAUGACAGACGUCUCACCUAAAUUUGCAAUGACACAAUUAUCAUAUAUAGGUUAUGAGGGUAGCUGCACAUCCAGGCUUAUAAAAUAUGACAUGUUGACUCAAAAACUUGAUGUUGUCAAAGAUGGGUUGUGCUUUGGUAAUGGAGUUCAGUUAAUUGAUGACGAAUCAAUGGUUAUUGUUGUAGAAACAACACACUACAGAGUCAAUUGGAUUGAUACAAAAACUUGGCAAAUAAAACAUGUUCUACAUUUACCAGUAAUGCCGGAUAAUAUCCGCAAAAAUGCCAGAGGUACAUACUGGAUCGCUGGCAAAACUCAGCUUACUUGGAUAUUUGAAUUUGCUGCAAAAUAUCCUGUUUUUCGACAAACUGCUGCUGGAUUAUUUUCGCAUGAUGUUUUGAUGACAAUAGCAGAAAACAAGCACGGCAUGUUGUUUGAAGUAAACAGUGCUGGUAAAGUGAUUCAAACAUUGCAUGAUCCAGAAGGACAACUAACUCAUGGUUUAAGUCAAGGCACUGAACUCAGCGAUGGUAGAAUCGCUCUUGGAACAUUCAAUGGCAAUUUUUUAUCUUUUUCUAACACUGAGUGGUCAUUAUAAUGGACCAAGCUGUAAAGUAGUUUUUUAGAAAUUGUUACAAUUUUCCUUGGCAGUAUUUGGAGUUUUUAUGCAAUUAUUUUGUACCUCGUCUAAUUUAAUUAUUCAGGUUUCAGGAUCAUUAUUUUAUCAUCUACCUUUCUUUAUCAAUUAGGUGUGCUCACUUUUGUUGUUCAUUUUUAUAAAUGAAUAUAUUAAGAUACAAAUGAGCUCUUCAUAUUUUCUACCUUCCUUCAUUUUGUUAAUGCGAAUAUUUAUAUCACAUAAGCAUGCAAAUACAGACUUCAAUUGAUCAUUUCAAAAA